CAAUACUUUGAAUUUAGUAAAGCUGGUCUUGAACUUUCAAAUAAACUUGUUGAUUUUUUAAUAUUCAUUCACUAAAUAAUGGAACGUUUACAACAAAUUGCUUCUCAAACCACUGCUUCUGCUGCUCCACCACCAGCUCCAGCUCAUCCUUUAGAUCCAUUAUCCAUUGCUGAAAUCAAAGCUGUUGUCUCUGUUGUUAAAGCUAAAUAUGGUUCUGGCGCUGAAAUUUCUUUCAAUACUGUUACUUUGAAAGAACCAUCCAAAAAAUCAUUUUUAGAAUGGAAAGACAAAAAUGGUCCAGCUCCACCAAGAUUCGCCUUUGUUGUUUUACUAGAAGCUGGUAAACCAGGUGUUCAAGAAAUUGUUGUUGAUAUCACCAACUUGUAUGUUACCAACUUGAAACAUGUUCAUGGUGUUCAACCAAUCUUAACUGUUGAAGAUUUACAAUCAACUGAAGAUGUUAUUAGAAAAGAUGCUGGUGUUAUUGAACAAUGUAUUCUUUCAGGUAUUCCAGCUACUGAUAUGCACAAAGUUUACUGUGAUCCAUGGACUAUUGGUUAUGAUGAAAGAUGGGGUAACAGCAGAAGAUUACAACAAGCUAUGAUGUACUAUAGAUCAGAUGAAGAUGAUUCUCAAUAUUCUCAUCCAUUAGAUUUUGUUCCAAUUGUUGACACUGAAACUAAAGAAGUUAUCUACAUUGAUAUUCCAAAUGUUAGAAGACCAGUUUCAAAACAUCCACAUUCAAACUUUUACCCAAGUGAUGCAGUUAAAGAACAUGGUUACAGAACUGAACAAAAACCAAUCAACGUUACACAACCAGAAGGUGUUUCUUUCAAAAUGGAUGGUCAUGUUAUGGAAUGGUCAAACUUCAAAUUCCACAUUGGUUUCAACUAUAGAGAAGGUAUUGUCUUAUCUGAUAUCAACUACAAUGAUCAUGGUAAUGUUCGUCCAAUCUUCCACAGAAUGUCAUUGGCUGAAAUGAUUGUUCCAUAUGGUUCUCCAGAUUUUAGACAUUUCAGAAAACAUGCUUUAGAUAUUGGUGAAUAUGGUGCUGGUUACAUGACUAACCCAUUGGCUCUUGGUUGCGAUUGUAAAGGUGUUAUCCACUAUUUAGAUGCUCACUUUGCUGACAGAGCUGGUGAUCCAAUCACUAUUAAAAAUGCUGUCUGUAUUCAUGAAGAAGAUGAUGGUAUCUUGUACAAACAUUCAGAUUUCAGAGAUGACUUUGCUACCACCAUUGUUACCAGAGCUACUAGAUUGGUUAUUUCUCAAAUUUUCACUGCUGCUAACUAUGAAUACUGUAUUUACUGGAACUUUUUACAAGAUGGUUCAAUCAGAUUGGAUGUUAAAUUAACUGGUAUCUUGAACACUUAUGUUGCUAAUGAAGGUGAAAAAGUUGGUCCAUGGGGUACUCAAGUCUAUCCACAAGUUAAUGCUCAUAAUCACCAACAUAUGUUCUCAUUAAGAAUUGAUCCAAGAAUUGAUGGUGAUAACAACUCUGUUGGUUCAUCUGAUGUUAUGUCAUCUCCACAUGAAUUAGGUUCAUUAGAAAACCCAUACGGUAACGGUUGGUUAGGUAAAAGAACUGUUUACAAAACCGUUAGUGAUUCAUUAACUCAUGCUAAUGCUGAAACUUCAAGAUCAUGGGAUAUUUUCAAUCCAAAUGUUUUAAACAAAUACUCUGGUUUACCAGUUUCUUACAAGAUUGUUUCCAACCAGACACCAAGAUUAUUAGCUAAAGAAAACUCCAUUCCAUCAAAGAGAGCACCAUGGGCUCGUCAUGCUAUGAAUGUUGUUAAAUAUGAAGAAGAUAGAUUAUACCCAUCAGGUGUUCAUGUUCCACAAUGGUCUGGUGAUGGUCCAGUUGGUAUCAGAGGUUGGAUUGGAGACGGUAGUGAUAACAUUGAAAACACUGAUGUUAUUGUUUUCCAUACUUUUGGUAUUUCACAUGUUCCAGCUCCAGAAGAUUUCCCAUUAAUGCCUGCUGAACCAAUCACUUUAUUAAUGAGACCAAGAAAUUUCUUCACUGCUAACCCAGCAUUAGAUUUGAUUCCAAGUUAUGCUAAAACUACUUCUGAAGCUAGAAAAUCUGGUGGUACUGAAGUUAAAUCACAACUUGAUACAGCUUCAAGAUUAGCAUUUUCAAACACUUCAGCAUCUUUUGAGGGUGGUUCUUGUUGCUCCAAAAAAUGAUUAAUUAAACGGUUUUUGUAACAUAUAUAUAGUGUGAAUACUUUGGGUGA